AUGGAGAGCUUAUCAUGUACCGAUGUUCCUAUGAAUGAAAGAUAUAGCUUCUAUGAACACAUUGAUGUAUAUCUGAAGUAUAAAAAUGUUUGUUGUAGUAAUAAUCAAUGUGAACAAUAUAAUAAUAUAUGUAUAUUUAAUGAUUUAGAAUUUGAUGAUGAUGAAAAUGAUGAUCUUGCUCUUAUUUGCAAAAGAUUUAAUUGCAUAUUUGAUAAAUUGUUUACGUCAUCAAACAUUAAAACAAAUAAAAAUGAAAAUUAUCAUUUGGCAUACUUAAACUAUUGGCUAAAUUAUGAAUUACAUAAUAUAACUGCCGGCAUUCCUGAUCCAAAUGACUUUUUUAGACGUAUGAGGUCCCAAGGUAAUAAAAAAGACUCCUUGAGGAAAUUAUAUGGAAAAUUGUACCUUAUAGAAGAAGAUGAGUUGAAAAAUAUGCACUGGUUAUUUAAUUUAUACGAGGAUUAUAUUGAAAACAACAUUACCAAUGAUAAUACAAACGAAGAAAAUUUUGAACAAUAUACUAAUCAGUGUGUUAGAAAGUACCAAGAACAUGGAGUAAAAUAUCCUAAAAAUAUGACACCUUUUUGUGAAGCACUUUGUGCUUUCAAAAAAAAGUAUAAAAACAUUGAUUUAAAAAUUUCAGAUGUAGAAGUCUUUGAAAAUAAUGAACAAAUUGAAAUAAAAGGCGAAGAUAAUUUCGAUAUACCUACAAAUAUAAUUAUAGGAACAUCAGUAGCUACAGUUGGAGUGUCGUCACUUUUUUUUCUUUUUUAUAAAGUAAAAAACAAAUAG